UGUGUGUUUGUGUGUAUGCGUACGUGCAUGUUUACAAAGGAAAAGUGAAAAUUCGUUCGUAGCGCGUGUGUGUGUCUUUUCGUUCCGUCUUGUCGCGUUCUCGUUCUCGCACACUCCUCCUGUGAAUGGUGCAAUUUUCCUCCCAAAGCCUACUUAUAUCCCGUGUGCUGCGUGCAUAAUACAGUGUACGGCGAGUGUGUGAUUCAGAAGAGAAAAAUAAUACGCCACACAAAGGGCAAUCGACACACCGAGCCCCGGCACGAAAGUGGGAAAAAUAUAUCGGAAGAAAAACACACUGUCCCAUUCGUGAUUAUUAUGCACUGUUCUAGGGGUGAGCUUUAGCUGUUGAACGUGCAAGAACGGACGGGGGCCAGUAAAACAAAACGAACAACAGCGGUGUGGUGUGGAUCUGUUGCUGCUUACCUCAUCGUCGUCAUCAAAACGGUCAGUUGGCUGCGUCACCCAAAACCUACCACCAACGUGUGUGUCGUCGUGUCCACGUCCACCCGAUAUAUAAAGCGGUGCGCCAAAAAACUUCACCCAUCAAAGCAGUAGUCCGGAAGUUCGUUUCGCUGUGUACGCGCCUGGUGUUGGCGUUGGCCGAGUGACCUAUAGCGGUAGUCGUAGGGAAGUAGCCGUAAGUGGUAAAGCAGCGUAUAGCCCAAGCAAAGCCCAGCAGCAGCGAGUGAACCUAAUUAGUGUGUGCAAUGCCUGGAGAGUCAACCAAAGCGGCGGAGCCGGCCGCUGCCAACAGUCCCAGCACACCGAAAAAGAAGCCCACCAACUCAAAGGCGGCACUGGCGAAGGUUACACUGCUCGAUGGUUCAAUUCUGGAGGUGACCAUUGAUCGCAAAUGUCGUGGACGCGACCUGCUGAACUCGGUAUGUGCCGGUCUGAACAUACUGGAGAAAGAUUACUUCGGCUUGACGUACCACACAGCAAACGAUCCGCGCGCUUGGCUCGAUCUCGAGCGGCCGGUUACGAAGUUCUUCCGCUCCGAUCCGUGGGACCUUGCGUUUGAGGUGAAGUUCUAUCCACCGGAACCGGCCCAGCUGCAGGAAGACAUCACGCGGUACCAUCUGUGUCUGCAGGUGCGCAAUGACAUCUUGGAAGGACGUCUGCCCUGCUCGUUCGUAACACAUGCCCUGCUCGGAUCGUAUCUGGUACAGUCAGAGCUUGGCGAUUACGAUUCGGCAGAGAUGAAGGAUCGUUCAUAUCUGAAGGAGUUCAAGAUCGCACCCAACCAAACACCCGAACUGUUGGAUAAGGUUAUCGAUCUUCACAAGACUCACAAGAGUCAAACACCGGCAGAAGCUGAGCUACAUUAUCUUGAAAAUGCAAAAAAGCUCGCGAUGUACGGGGUUGAUUUGCACCCGGCGAAGGAUUCGGAGGGUGUCGACAUCAUGCUUGGCGUUUGCGCAUCGGGGUUGCUCGUGUACAGAGAUAAACUUCGCAUCAAUCGAUUUGCCUGGCCGAAGAUUUUAAAAAUUUCUUACAAACGAAACAACUUCUACAUCAAAAUCCGUCCCGGCGAGUUCGAACAGUACGAGUCGACGAUUGGCUUUAAGCUGGAAAACCAUCGCGCUGCUAAAAAGCUGUGGAAGGCGUGCGUCGAGCAUCACACCUUCUUCCGACUGAUGACACCGGAACCGCAGCAAAAAUCGGGUCUCUUUCCCAGACUCGGUUCAAAGUAUCGGUACUCCGGACGAACGCAUUAUGAAACGCGCAAAACACCUGUAGAGCGUCCGGCACCAGAUUUCAAGCGUAGCUUAACCGGAAAGAGGCUGUCCAGCCGUAGUAUGGAUGCUCUCGCACAGCAAGAAAAGGAACGUGCCGCUGCGAAGGACGCGAACAAGGAUGCGAACAAACGGCACACGAUGUCCCAUCCUCCGGAUCAUAUCCCCGAUUUAGAUUCACCGACUCGUGGUUCCCGCAGCCCGAUCAAGAAGGAAAAGAAGGAACGCAAACCGGCUGGAGGAGUUGCCGUAUUGCCAGGCGCUGGAAAGAAAGACAAACCAGAACAAGUCUCCCAGAAAGAAGAAGGCCUGAAUGGCAAUAAUGGACAAGCCGAAGCGUUGAAUUCUUCCGCAGAAGAAGCAACGUCGCCAUCUGGCAAACGCAAGGGAUUCCUGUUUUCAUCCGGUCGUAAGUCUCCCAAGGAGAAGAAAGAAACCGGCAAGGAGCAACCGGCUAAGGUGAUGGCCGCCGCAAACGGUGACGGCAGUGCCGGUAAAAAGGAUCCAGCGAAGGAAGCUGUUCAAGCGCGAUCGCAAGACGGAACGAACAAGCAGAUCACGCCUGAGAAGCCCGGUUUUACCAAACCGUACGAAUACUCGGAAAGCGAACAAGAUCCGGCUGCGCAUAAAAAGAACGUAAAAACUCGCGGUUUCCGCUACGAUGAGGCACCGUUGCGCCAGAACGAGGAGAACGAACCGCAGCUGAGCCCCAACUCGCAGAGCCGCCGUGCGACCGGACUUGCAUUCAACUAUGCUCCGGGUGAAGAUCAGAAGGUGCGCGAGUCGGUCGAGAAGCGCAAAGCACCGGGUUCUCCGGUAGCAGCCACGGGCAAGACCGACCAACUGUCACCAAAAUCGGCUGCCAGAGGUUUGCCUGGCGAGACUGAUGCUGAGAAGGGUGUGCGCACGAGCGCCCGAUCAUACUCGCCCAAUAAGGGACGACAAGGCGUCGAUCCGCUAGCGUCCGGUGCCGGUACGUUCCGUCCUUUGGACGACACAAGCAAUGCGUUUAUUCAGGGCGAACAGGCUGGUGCAGCUGCCGCGGCCGCUGCAGCAGCAGCCGCCGCUGCUGCCGAACCGACCAAGAAGAAGGUGAAAAUUAUGGUAAUCAUUUCCAAGUUUGAUCCCAAAACGAAGAAGGUCGAUACCGCGCAGGGCGUGGUGGAGCAUUCGACCGGUGUGCUGGAUACAAAGACGGGCCAGAUUGAGAGCAAAUACGGACUAAUCGAUCCCAAGGCUGGCACGGUGGUCAAUUUUAACGCUCGCACCGGCCAGAACGAAACGUUCCAGGGCCAAACGGAUGCGAAAACGGGACAGCUACAUAUUGUGGGUGGGGUAGUAGACUCUUCGAGCGGUAAAGUAGAUGACACGCUCGGACAAGCAAUAAUGGUCGUACCGGAUGAGGAUUCGGUGGUGGAGAUCACAACUAUCACAUCCAAGGUUGAUCCCAACACCGGGAAAAUAGACACCAUUAAUGGAGAGAUUGAAAAGAGUCGCGGUAUUCUCAAUCAUCGUACCGGCAUCCUGAGCACCAAGUACGGUGACAUUAACCCACGCACGGGCGAAUUGCGCGCUAUUGAUCCAAAAACUGGCAAACCUUCGCCGGCAGCAGCCGCCGUUCGUUCCGUGACGGUUGAUCGCAACAAUGGCCAAAUAACAGUCGUCGGUGUAACCGAUCCGAAGACGAAUAAGCUAGAUAACACCCAGGCGCAUCUGAUUGCGAUCGGCAAUCAGGUCGAUCCGGUGGUGGAAGUAACCUCAGUACUUGGUAAGCUCGACAAGAAGGGUCUGGUCGAUCCGAAAACGAUUACGAUUGACAAGAGUACGGGUCAGCUAGACACGAAGGAGGGCAAGAUCAAUACUAAAUACGGCCAGUUGGAUUUAGUGAAGCAAACCGUAUCGUUUGUGGAUCCGAAGACGGGUAAGACAGAAACGAAGGAAAUUAAGGUAGAUCCGGUAACGGGACAGGUGUUGCUAAAGAAUCAGCUAAACCCGAAGACGGGCAAAACGGACAAAGAUUACGGACGUAUCGUGUCGAUUCGCAUCGUGCAUAACCGCAUCGAUCCGGUGACGGGUAAGCAUGUUCCGGCAGCACCGGUCGACGACAAGGAUGUGCGUGUGGACACCAAAACGAACCAGGUAUGGUUGCCGGAUGGCGGCAAGGACCCGAAGACGGGUGAAACGAUUUACACCUCCAGCCAGGUCGAUCCGAAAACGGGUUUCGUUAUCACGAUCUACGGUUAUCUCAACCCGAAGACGAACGAAAUCGAACGACAGUCUAAAUUGGACCCGAACCUCACGAAGAUUGAUCCAUCUACGGGUCAGAUUUAUGCCGCUACCGGACAGGUGGACGAAAGCACUGGUGAACCGCUGUUCGCAGCGACACAAAUUAACGAAGAGGACGGCGAAAUCUACACCAAGGUGGGACGUAUCGAUCCGAAGUCAGGCAGACUAGUCAUCAUCAAGAUCUUUAUCAUGACGAAGAAGGACGAGCGCGGUAAACCGGAGGAGCUCGAUGUGAGUGCGGUCGAUCUGGAUCCGGAGACGGGACACAUCCGGAACGUGGCACCGAAAACACUCUACCUGUACAAGAUGCGUGAUCCGAUCACGGGCGAAACAUACAAUGUCGAUCCGAACGAUCCGCGUAUCGCCGGUGCCAGAACCACCGUAACACAGACGAUGACACUGAGCGGCGAGAUCGAUCCGGUCACCGGACGCAUCAAGUCCGAGUGGGGUCACAUCGAUCCGAACACGGGUGACAUUGAUCCAGCGACAGCAAUCCGUGACCCGGUCACGGGCAAACUCAUCCUCAACUAUGCCGACAUCGAGCCGAGCCACUUCGGCAAGAACGUUACCGUGACGAAGGAAACCGUCCCCAUUACCCGCGAACAGUUUUACGAAGGUAUCAAACAUAUGGGCAAGAAGGCGACGCGCCGGGACUCGGAAAGCUCGGACGAUGAUAUGACCGCACAGUACGGCAAGGAAAGCAUCAAGGAGAUCAACUCAGGUAGUGCGGUCGGCAGUAAGCAGAAUGCUGCCGGCACUCCGACCGUUGUCAAGACGACUACCAAACAGGUGAUCACCAAGAACGAGGACGGCGUUACGCAUAAUGUUGAGGAGGAAGUGCAAAAUCUUGGCACCGGCCAGAUCGUGUACUCCACGCAAGAGCACAAGGCCGAUGCCCCGUCUGGUACGGAUGCAGGUAAAUUUGUGACGGCGACUGCUGUUACCACGCGUACCGCCACGACCCACGAAGAUCUGGGCACGAACGCUAAAACGCAACAGCUUGAGGAGAAAACGGUUGCCACGACCACUACCCAGCACGGCGAGCGACAGGAGCAGCGUGUUAUUACGCAGGAAGUGAAAACUACUGCCACUGUGACGAGUGGUGAUCAGUAUGCGCGCCGUGACAGUGUCUCAUCAUCGAGUUCCGGCGAUUCCGGAACACCGAUCGAUGGCCCCUACGGAGACGAUUCACUGUCGGAGGUGAUCUACAACAAGUCCUACACGGGAGCUGAUAAUGUUGCCGGUGCCUCACAGAUUCCGGAAGGACCCAACGUGGAACAUCGACGUGUGGUGCUGGAUGAUCUUGCCGAAGGAGGCACCACUACCCACGGUGAAAUUGUAUCGUCCCAGACGGUAUCUAGCAAAACGCGAACCGUUGAAACAAUUACCUACAAAACGGAACGGGACGGUGUAGUGGAGACACGUGUUGAACAGAAGAUCACCAUCCAAUCCGAUGGUGAUCCAAUUGAUCAUGACAAGGCCCUUGCGGAGGCAAUUCAGGAAGCAACCGCCAUGAAUCCGGAUAUGACGGUGGAGAAGAUUGAAAUUCAACAGCAAACGCAAUAAAUAACAAGCAGUUCAUCACAAUCGUCUUACCCUAUGGUAUGCUGAGCAGCGGCGAGGAUCAACAAAGCGUCCCACAAAAACGCUCAGCAAUGAACACGACCUGGCUGCUUACAGCGCAUCACUAGCUGUCAGCGCCCUAUUGUACGAGAAAAUCGAAAGGAGCGAUAACCGAAACCGCGAUUAUAUUGGCAUUUGAAGCGUGUUAACGAUAUGUGGUGUGCCAUUAUCCCGAAACCGGGAAAAGAGAGUGAAAACAGGUGCACCUGUCGGUGGAAAACAUAAGCUCGAGUUUCCCGCUUCUUUUCCCCGCCCAAAAAGGUUCUAGAGUGUUUGCUUAAUAUGUUACAAGCUUUGUGCAAAAGAGUCAACCCGAGAUCGUGCGGUUGUUCACGUUUGUUAACAUUUAUAUUAAAAAAAAAAACCCCAGCGGAACAUGUCAAGAGUAAUUAAACAAAACAAAAAGUGCAAACUCUAGAGCGACCCUCACUCUAAAGUUCCCCUUCUCUCUAUCUCUUUAUCGGCCCAAAGGGGAACCGAGAAUGUUGUGUAGAGUCGACACGUGUUUAUCACGACAGAUAAGAAAAUUAUUCAUAUAUUUAUUUAUUGCUUUGAGCGAAGCAAACAUGCGUGCAGCAAGUGAGCGAUUUGCAUAUUUAAAGUAAAGAUGAAAUGUGAACGUCACAGAGGAAAAAGAAACAAAAAGAAAUAGCAAGCAAACAAUCAAAUUCGCUUUAAAAAAACAAAAUCACCAAUGCUUGGACGGUAAUCGUACAACAACAAAAAUUGGAAACCUUUAUAUAUACUUACAACACAAGCAAGCAAGCAGCACACAUAAACAGCGCACGUAAUGGUUAAGCGAAAGAAUCUUUGAUGUUAAGAUGUAUUACAAUUUUUCAGGGCAUACAAAGUGUAUGAUAAUUUGCAUUUUUGACAAAAGAAAUAUAAAAACGGAAGGACAAAUGAUAGGUAACAAGACCCCGAAAACGAUUAUUUACAGUUGUUGGUUAACGUGUCUUAAAUGGUGACAAAAUGAACAACCGACACAAGCAGCAAUGAAGAGCAGUGUGUUAGGGGCCCGAUUAUACAUUGACCGGGCAUAUAUAAAGUAUCAUUUACUAUAGAAAGGCAAAAAUAUUUGUAUUUGUUGCAUUGAAUGUAAUAAGCCUGAUGUGUACCGAAAAUGCGUGCUUUGUUUUUACUUUUUUCUUUUGCGCCGUCUACAUUUUGUGUUGUUAGUCCGGAGUUUUGUACGCGAUUCGAUUUAGCAGAUACACAUACUUUUGGAGACAUUUUUAACGUGGGUUAGACCCGUGUACCGUGCGAGAGACAGAGAGAUACAGAGAGAGAGAGAAGUUUUCCUUUCGAGGCGAAACCAUUAAAACAUAAUAGAGUGAGUCAAACCGAGGGAAAAAUAUUAACCAAUAUACCCAACUGGUGUUCAAGCAGCUAAAAUGGUGUAAUAGUAAACAAAAGGAAAAUUUUGGAGAAACACACUCAAACACACAAACCCUCCUUAACACCAGUUUGGCCGUAACAAAACAAACCAUUAUCUAAUUUAUUGUGUACAAAAAAGGAGUUAACCCUUGAGAUGAAACUGUUUGAGUAAAAACAACACAUACAGUCGAUAAAUUGUAACACUUGAACUAGUUAAACAAAAGCUAAGCUUGAAUUGCAAGCAGAAGUCACCGCGGAUCAUUGCUGCAGCAUUGAAACCGAAUCAACACAAAACGGUUGCCUUAUUUUAAUUACUCUCCUUAGGCACAACUAGAACAUCGAGCGAUUCAUUGCAAUCUACAUCCUGUUCAGAAAAUCUUGAUGUCGCCACAGAAAGGAUCGUGCUUCACUGCUUUCCGUGUACCAUUCGGAUUGUUCCAUCUACAACGCCGUUCAGAUGUAGUUUUUUUUUAGCUGUACGUUUGUUUUAUUGUUUGUUAAGUUCUGUAUUUUUAUUCUUUUGUUUGCGUAAACAUUCCACACUUUCUUGGAAAAAAGCAUCUCUGGUAUCUGGCGUGUUUGCGCCCCCGUAUUAUGGUUUAGUUUUGUCAUGUCUGUAUUGCCUAAGCACGCUAUGUUGUUUCCUUCUCUAAUUUAUUUGUUUUAUUAUUCGUGCACUUUAUGUUUGCUAUGCGUAUCUACAAUACUUGCUGUAAAGCACUGAUCGGUUACCGAUCCGCACAUUUUUAGCCAAGCUAAGCUAAGGAAUGUUUAUGUGUUUUUUCUUUACAUUUACGAUCGUUCAGCAAUAUCCCGUUUUAGAUGUAUGUUAACGUAAACACGCGAAUGUGCAGUAUAGGAAUCGUUCACCAUCCAACUGUAUGGCUAUUGGCACGAUGUAGCAAAAGGGUUUUGCAAAGCGCAAUCACAACCUCAAUCAGGCAAUCAGAGGUUUCAGAUAGACAUACACAACCCGGAAUAGGAAGGGGGAAAACGGUACACAUCACCUAGAAUCGUUACUGCGGCAGCAAGGCAUGUGUGUGGGCCGCGAAUGUAUCGUAAUAUAUUUGCUGUUUGUUUCAGUUUAUAUUUUUAAUUUAAUUUGCAUACGUUAACGACAUGAUUUUCGUGUUUUUAUCUUAUCGAAAUAUACUUUAAAAAUUGUUAAGUCUAAUUGUCUAA